UUUGCCUUUGUGGUCUACUUCUCCCUGGGGGGCUUCAGGGGGCUGGUGUCAGUACUGGUCCACUCUGAGCAGCCUGAGUUUGACUACUCCCGCCCCCACGACGUGUACACCAACCUCAGCCACCUGGGGGCACCACCAGCCCCCCACAUAGGCACCGGACCCCCAGGGACAGGGGCUCAGCUGAAGAACUGCAAGGUGCCCUCACCACUACUGGGUAAAUAUGUGUGUGCAUAUGUGUGUGUGUGCGAGCGAGCGUGAGAGAGGGAGAACCACGCCACCUGCUGUAAGGGAUUAUGUACUGUAUGAAUAUGAAAUUAUGUACAGUAUGAAAAUGUAUGCACUCACUAACUGUAAGUCGCUCUGGAUAAGAGCGUCUGCUAAAUGACUAAAAUGUAAAUGUAAAUGAAUAAUAAAGGUUCUUACAUAAUACGAUACAUCUCCCCUCCUCUACCUCUUUCUUUCUUCUCUAGUCGGUCCUGUGUCUGUGCGUCUGUCCUCGCCUCUCUCUCUAGAGGAGAUCAGGGAGAGGAACCCGUUGGUGUUACCGGGAGGCCGAUACAGCCCACCGGACUGCGAGCCGCGCCACCACACGGCCAUCGUGGUGCCGUACCGUAACCGCCAGACUCACCUCCGAGCCCUACUCUACCACCUCCACCCCUUCCUACAGAGACAACAGAUUCACUACAGUAUCUACAUAGUCCAGCAGGUCUCUUCAUCUCUCUCUCUCUCUCUCUCUUUCUCUUUCUUUCUUUCUUUCUUUCUUUCUUUCUUUCUUUCUUUCUUUCUUUCUUUCUUUCUUUCUUUCUUUCUUUCUUUCUUUCUUUCUUUCUUUCUUUCUUUCUUUCUUUCUUUCUCUCGCUCUCUGAUCCCUGUAUUUUCCUCUGCAGUGGGGUAACUCUACAUUUAAUCGGGCUAAGCUGUUGAAUGUUGGGGUCCGUGAGGCGCUGAGAGACGAGGACUGGGGGUGUAUCUUCCUACACGACGUAGAUCUGCUGCCUGAAAACGACCAUAACACCUACACUUGUCACAAUCAGUUCCCCACACACCUCUCUGUGGCCAUGGACAAGUUCCGAUACAGGUAUGUGUGUGUUUAUGCAGUGUAUCAGAGUCUGUAUGUCAAGUGUCAUCUGAGGUUCUGGCAUCUUCUGGUAUUUGUCCCACCCAGGUUGCCGUACCCCCAGUAUUUCGGAGGGGUGUCUGCGGUCACACCUGAGCAGUACAUGAAGAUGAACGGCUUCCCCAACAGCUACUGGGGCUGGGGUGGGGAGGACGAUGACAUCGCUGCCAGGUGAGUAGGGGGAGGGGCUGGAAGGGACAGCCAUGUGUGACUAUACCAGUGAAUGCCUUGAAAGAUGUGUCUCUCGCUCUCUCUCGCUCUCUCUCUCUCUCUUCAUAAGCUAUUUGUCUUCACAUGUGUUUUAUUUCUACCUCUGUCAUAACACCUUGUUCAUCUCCACUCUCACUGCCAUGGCUUUGCUGUGUCUCUCCCCACAGUUCAUGUUUGGAGCUCAGUAAGUAUUCAUGUCAGCUUGUUGGGCAGUUUGCUUGGUAGAUUUCCUCCCCAUUAGUUGGUUUGUUUAGUUCAGGUGGUUGUGUGAAAACCUAUACUGUCCCAUAGAGGACCAAUGGACCAGUAUGAUAGUGGAUUACACACCUCAUUAGUAGGCCCCAGAGUUUUUCCUAGUGAGAUCAAUUGGGUCAGGAAAAACUUGAGACGCUACCUCAUCUAAUCCUGUGCUGUCUAUCAGUUAUUUCACUCCAAUCAACACAUUCCCUCUUCCUGUGUGUUGCUGUCUGUCUCAGAGUGCGUCUGUCUGGGAUGAAGAUAGUGCGCCCUCCAGUGGCCAUCGGACAUUACAAGAUGAUCAAGCAUAAAGGAGACAGGGGCAACGAGCAGAAUCCACGCAGGUGCACACACACACGCACACAAACACGGACACACACAAACGCACACACACGCCUUAUUGACUCAUCUCUCUCUCCUCCCCAUGUACCUCCACAGGUUUGACCUUCUGAAACGGACUAGGCUCAACUGGCAUUCUGAUGGUCUGAACUCUCUGACCUACGAGCUGUUAUCCAAAGAGCUGCAGCCUCUCUACACCAACCUGACGGUCGACAUCGGGGACGACCCUCGGCUGCCCCAGAGGAAAGCCACGCCCCCUAUGCCCAAACGUGAGGUGAAGGGGGAUGAAUUACCUCCCCUUGUGCCAUGGAGCAAACAUGGAUCAAAGAGGAGGGGAGACAUACCCUUUGCGGCCAAACAUGACUUAAAGGGGGAGGGGCAAUACGUUAAAGUGGGUGUGGUUACAGCUGUGACUACGGCUAAACCUAAAGCUGACAAGGUAGACCACGCCCAGUCAAAGACAGUGCAUCAGACU